AUGGAUGAGCUUGUCUGCCCUGCCUCCUCCUCCUCCUUCAGCCCUCCCUCCUCGGCCCCGCCCUACUUCUUCUCUGCCGCCGGCCCCCACCAUGAACCGGUGCUCGAGUUCCUGUCCUGCGAGGUCCCGGAGCACUGGUUGGUGGACGACGGCGUCGAGCUGGAUAUGCAUGAGGAGCCCCGGGAUGAUGGCGCUAACGUGUCCGGCGAUCCGCUGCCGGCACUACUCGCGGAGAGGAGGCGGCGUGGACGGAAGCCCGGGCCCCGCACGGCCGGGCCCGCCGUCAGUCACGUCGAGGCCGAGCGGCAGCGGCGGGACAAGCUCAACCGCCGGUUCUGCGACCUCCGGGCCGCCGUUCCCACCGUGUCACGGAUGGACAAGGCGUCCCUUCUCGCCGACGCCGUCGCCUACAUCGCCAAGCUAAGAGCCCGCGUGGAGCAGCUCGAGGUCGAGGCCAAGACGAAAGCCACCUCCACUGCCGGAGGCGCGGCAUCCCAGUACUUCUCGCUUGGCGAAGCCGAGGAGAGUAUCGGGCUGGACGUGCGGAUGGUCGGGCGGGAGGCGGCGGCGCUGCGCCUGACGACGACAGCGACCAUGCGCCACGCCCCCGCGAGCUUCAUGGCAGCGCUCCGCGCCCUGGACCUGCCCGUGCAGCACGCGAGCGUGUGCCGCGCGGGCGGCAUCACCGUGCAGGACGCAAUCGUGGACGUGCCCGCGGCCGGGAUGCAGGGAGAGGGCCGCCUUCGCGCCACGCUUCUCCACAGGCUGAAGGAGAGCGCCUAG